CAGCAACGAACUUUGUAUUGUCGCGGCCGAAAGCCGAAUUCGCGUAUUUGAUAUUCAGCGACUUUUACAUUCAACAAGAAGUGAUAUGAAUUGUCUAUAGUGGUUUAGAGUUUUUAAGUAGUCUAAUAGAGACUGGAAGGCGAGAGCAUUUCUCUCCUGAACACAAUCACCAAUGUUUCUCCUGGGUUUUAGUGUUAUAAAGGGCAGGUAGCUCUAUGGCGGCGGAUCUUCUUUCGCCGGGCGAUAUAGUCAGGCAGCGAUGGAAGAUCGUAAGUACGCUUCCUUGACAUUUUAAAGCUGAUUUCCUUGUUUUAUAAGUUCAAGAACGAAACCCGAUCCUUUAUAGAUAAUGGUGGUAGUUUAAGCUGAUUUAAUGAUCAUUUUUUUGCGUCCAAUUUUCCCCUGGUUUCGCCAGCGUGGCUCAGUCAGUUUUGUUUCGCAAUUAAAAACCUGUUUGGGAAAUCGCGUAUUUGUGCUAUAAACAACUGAAUCUUCUUUGGAUGUAAACUAAAGUAAAAUACAGGCUUUCCAUAGCGAAUUUAUAAUCUAUAUUCUACUGGGGAAAAUAUUUCGUUUUGUUCACUCGUCGAGUCUUAAACCACACGCAGGAAGUCGAUCGAAAAGAUUUCGUAACGUAGCGAUAUUCAAGCAAAAUGCCGGUUGUAUGAGUCAUCGAGUCAAAUCUCCCACAGUGGUGAAACUAUUGUUAACAUUAGCUGCGCUCAUUUUGUGUUGUUUGUAAUCAUUUUGCGUCCAUUCUGAGAACGUUGACUCAGUUUUAAUCGCGGAAGCAGGAUGCGAAAGGAAAUUAUAGCCUUCAGGUGUAUUUCCGCUCUGAGAAAUCGUAUGCUCAUAUGCAUUUAUUUUAUCUAGCCAUCUUGUCGAAUGUAAAUAAUGUCGUGAAUGCAUGGCUUGACAGUUCUAAUAACAACUGGGUUGUGUAAUUUUAAAUGAUAUCGAGUCAACACUUGUACAGACGACGUGACAAUUCUCAUUUCUCUCUAGACUGAAAUGUACAACUUCUAACAAAAAAAGACCUAACUAUUCAUGCGAGGGUGCAAGUUUCUUUCAUAUUUUUAAUUCUCUGUUUAUGAUUUUCAAAUAGUGCAAAACGUAUAGUUUACAAGGGACUUUGCUGUUUGGCUUUGUUGAGUUAAAGCUGCAAUAUUACAAUAUGCAUAGAGAGCGCGGUCGUGACCUUGUAAGCUUAUAUAUAUGUUUUCUUUUCAUAAACAGGACAAGAAGAUUGGUGGAGGGGGAUUCGGUGAGUGUUUGUUGUGAAAUCAUAUAAAUUUAUAGCAUGAAUAAUGAGUACAGUACGUGUCCUUUCAUAUAUUCAUUGUCACUAAAAAUAAUGCAGUACUUCUAUAAUAAUAUUAGCUAUUGUAAUUCCUUUAAGACAACUAAUUGCAAUAAUUAUUGGAAAAUUUGUCAUAAUGUUUAAGUAUCUAGUAAUUUUCUAUUACACCUGCUUAGAGCUGAUUAUUUGCAUUUUUCUUCACAAAUGAACUUUAGUCAAGGCAUUUGAGUAAAGUCACCAAUGUCAAUAAAUCAUAACCAAUUUUAGCCACAGUACAAUGAUAUUGCACAUGGUUCAUUCCAGUUCUUCUAUUACUGUAUGUUACUGUAAUUAAGAUUUAAUAGUUCCUAUUAUGUUGGUUAUAAUCCGCGAUGUUCUGAGUGUAGUCAAAAUAUCUAAAACCACAAUUUUCCAGAUUAUACUAGCCAUUAUCUUCAUGUAGCCACAGUGACUCCUGCUAACAAUGACUAUAAAAUACUUGCGGCAAUUUUACUUGAACAUGUUUGGUAGCACAUGAGGAGCAUGUGACUUCUGGCAGUAGUUGGUUGUUUGUAAUACAUGCGACCCCACAAGCAGUUGCCAAUGUAUAGCAAUAAACACAUACUGCUAAAAAGAGUAAUCCUGGUAUCUCGACCAAAUAAGAAAUAAUUCAACUUGGAGUUUUUGUUGGAUUAUUUUGUAAUUAUUUUUUUCAAAAACACGUGCCCCUGAAGAGACGUUAAUAAGGAAUAGUGCAUAUGCAAAAUCUUAGAGCAGCAAGCAAUGUUUUAACUGCAAUUUGAACAUGGAGGAUGUGUUAACAGGCGUAAAUUUAAGACUUCACACAGUUUGGUGUGUUGUUGGUUUCUUUGAUGGAGAGAUCAGGUGUAUCUGGCUAUAAGAGAGACUUUUUUCGUUAUCAAUAAAUUUUUGUUUUCGAUUAUGGUAUGUCUGAAUAAAUUAAUAAAAUAAAUGUGGACUUACUCAAGCUUAUUGUUUAAAUAGUUAUUUGUUUUGCAUAGUGAGCGAAUCAUGUAGUCUAAUACAUUAAAUAAUCAGAUUCAAGUUUGCAAUUUCUUAAAUUCGAAAAUUCAUGAGCAGGUAAACUAAAACUGAGCAAAAAAAAUCAUUUGGGAUGAACCUGAUCAUGAAGUGAAACAUUUUUUGGUGGUAAAAAUAAUGAAUGUUAAACAACAAGUAAAGAAACAUUUUGAUCAUGUGAUUGUAAACUUCUGUGAUGUCUUUCCUGCACACACAAUACUAAUGGAGUGUUAAUAUUAAUUCUGGAUGUUUCUGAGAAAGAUUCCAAACUCCUUUGAUGCUCAAAGGACCAAUGUUAUAGAAAUGGCAAUCUUCAUCGGCAGACUUUAAGUGGUGUUGUUUUGUUGUUGAAUUUAGGGGAGAUUUAUGCAGCCCUUGAUCUUGUAAGCAAAGAUUCUGUUGCCCUGAAGGUGGAGUCUGUCAACCAAUCCAAACAGGUCCUGAAAAUGGAGGUUGCUGUGCUCAAGAAACUGCAAGGUAAUUUUCUUUUCUUUCUUCAUUAUAGGAAGGCAGUGGAAGUUGUUCGGUGAAGUGGAUUUCUGAACCAUUAAUUCCCACUGCUGGACUGCAAAUAAUUUAUUAUGAAAGCAGUUUAUUUAUAUCUCACUAGGUCACCAUUUUAGUUGGAAAAACCAGAAACAUUGUCAGGUUUAAUACAUUAUAUUGACUUUUUGUAAAUAUGCAUUAAAGACCUUGGCCAAUAUCUAGCCAACCUGACGUCAAUUUGAUGCUUGGUCAAUAAUGAAUAAUGAUAGAAAAAUAUAUGUAUUAUUUUUCUGUACAUUAUUUUUUUAAAAAAUUAGGGUAGGUUCCAUUUUUAGCUGGUUUAAACUCCAUCAUUUUCUAUGAAUUUUUUUUUUUUUUAAAUUUCGAUUUGCAUCAAGAGCUAGUCUAAUCCAAUUAUUGUUAUUGUUUUUUAAAGGUUGUAAUAAUGUCUGCAAGUUUAUAAGCUGUGGCAGGAAUGAGAAUUUCAACUACUUGGUGAUGUCUCUACAAGGCGGUAACCUAGCUGAUCUGCGACGGAGUCAGCCCAAGGGAGUGUUCUCCCAGAGCACCAUGCUACGACUUAGUUUUCAGAUUCUUAAGUCCAUAAAAUCCAUACAUGAAGCUGGAUUCCUACACAGAGACAUUAAACCAGUAAGGAUAUUGUUUGUGCAAAUCAGGGCUUGAAAAAAACUAGAAUUCCAGCUGGUCCUUUGGGAAAGCAGCUGCCACAGUUUGCCUGCCCAGGGCCACGUCUUGCCUGGACCCUGCCCAUUGGGCAAGUGAGCUUUGAAAGUUACUUGCCGGGAACAAAUAUCUACUUGUACCGGACUGCUGGAUGGGACUUUUUUUAAAAAAAUAAUACACCUUGGCAACUAAAAAGAGAAUUACAUUAACUUACAGUGGAACCCCGUUAAUACGGUAACCAAUGGGUAAAAAUAAAUUGGCUGUAUUAUCCGGGCAGGCUCAAAUUAAUUUUUAUGACUUGAGGACCAUAAUAACAAAAUACACCAUACAUUGUGUUCACAUUUCUUGAACAACUGUUCUCAUCUAUAAACAACUGAAUAAAGAUAUCGAGUACAGUAAAAAACUACUUAAAAUUUUCCUUCAGUAAAUAAAACACUUUUAAACUUCACCUAUAAAAUCGCAACAAGAGCACUUUUUGUGUACUGCAGUCUAAAAACAGUUCAAAAACAGGCUCAGAGUACUGCAGGUCAGUAAAAUUGACAUGCCACAGGCAUUUUAAUUUUCUAUAUUUCAAACAAGUGGCUGUAUUUCCGGGGUGAAAUUAUAAGAGAUUCUGCUGUUUGGGAUUUUAAAAUGCGGCCAUUGGCCUUAUUAAUGGGUGCCCACGUUAACUGGGUGUUUUUUUAUAGAGAAACGUAUGGCUGUUUUGCCAGGCCGAAAAAAAGUGGCUGUAAUUUAUACUGAGGUGGCCGUAACGUUGGAUUCCACUGUACCUAGAACAGGAGAAGUAAUUACCUAGUGCUAACGGCAAUAGAAGAAUAAUUUAUUAUAGUGAACUAACUUGCAUUUACUUGGUUUAUUUGUUUGCAGUCCAAUUUUGCGAUGGGUACAACUCCAGAUAUGUGCCACUCAUGUUUUAUGUUGGACUUUGGCUUGGCAAGACAGUACGUCAAGAGUAGUGGAGAAGUUAGAGCAGUGAGUAAACUGUUAACAUCUCUUUAAGUUCUGUUCAAAUCUCCAGUAUCAAAGUGUUGCCUAGGUUGUUUUUUGUCUUUGGUGUCUUUCCAGUGAUCAUGUACAACUACUUUUACUUCCCUGAGCUCCCUUGUUAUUCCUGACGUAGUGAAAUUUUUCAUUUCUUUAAGGCAAGGAACUCAGCAGGUUUCCGAGGCACUGUGCGCUAUGCUUCAAUAAAUGCUCACGAGAAUAAGGUGUGUGUCACAUUCACUGCUGUUAUCAAUGAAGAACGAAAAAAGGUCUUUUAAUGAAUGCGUUGUUUUUUGUUCAUUGACAUACCCCAUCCCGAGCCAUCCUGAAAAAUAUGCAACACCUGUGAUCUUUGUUAGAAUUUAGUGAAAGGUAAAUUCAUACUUCCAAAAGGUUUAAACCCUAAAAAUAUGCAUAGCUGCAGAAGUCUCCAAGUGUUGUACUUGUUUGCAAAAGUAGCACAUAUAAAUUUGUUUCAGUUUGGUGUGUUUAUUUGUCAGGAAAUGGGACGACAAGAUGACCUGUGGUCAUUCUUUUACAUGAUGGCAGAGUUUGCCAUAGGGCAUCUUCCAUGGAGAAAAAUCAAGGAUAAGGUAUGUGUGCUUUCAAUAAAACUUGUCAGCUACUUCACCUGAAGAAGCUGACUGUGUUUUCCCCUAACUGACAGAAGUAAAACAGGGAAGGAUUCUUUCAAACAUUGUUGAUUCUGUUUGUUACCCUUCUCAAACCAGGGGUCUAUUGUCAAGUUUGAUUGUAACGACUUAAGUUGUUGAAAGUGUUGUGGUUUGAUCAUAUCCUUGGGUUAUAUUCCUCUGUUUUUAGGGUAGGGUAGUGUGUUAUGAUCAAUUUAAAACAGAAGAAAAUAAAUUAAGCCAAGGAUAAAACUGAACCACAACAAGUACAAAAUGACAUUGCCGAAAUUCAUCGAUUACCAUAACUUUCUGUGUUUUGGAAAAGGAACAAGUUGGCAAGAUGAAGAAGAGCUAUGACCAUCAGUUGUUUUUGAAAUCGCUGCCUACAGGCUUCAAACAGUUCCUGGAGCACAUUAGUAAGCUGAAAUAUGAAGAUAAGCCAGAUUAUAAGGUGGGGUUUGAUUUUUGUUUAGUUUAGCCCUUGAAGUCCCAAGAUCCACAUACAAAUUCUCCAGACUGAUCUCCACCUAUUUCUUUUAAGAAUAGUUAAGAGAAUUUGGUUUAAGAUCAAAGCGAUCUCUUUUUUGGUAAUCAAUUUGGUAAUUCUCAUAACCUUUACUCUUGAUGAUCUGCUGAUGUUGGUAGGAGAAAAUUGAUGUUGGUCUCUCUUGGGAGUUAAAGGGUUAGCCUGUUUACAAUACCCUUUGUGUUAUAUUGUUCUUCAUUGUUCAUUGUCAGGUUGCAGUAGAUUAUCAUCAAGUUUAUAAGCCAUUUCUGAGUUUGCAAAACUCUCACUUUCAAAAUGAGGCUAAGUGCAAAACCUUUCUUGUGAAAAUGAGUUUUAUUUUCUUAAGAAUUAAAAUUCAUUUUCAUAUCAGUGGCUUUGUACUUGGCCUCGCUUCGAAACAGAACCUUAGGGCAACUCAAAACUAUGGCCUAUUCCACUCUUUGUAGAUGUUGAUUUCAAUCAUUGAAAAAGCCAUUGCAAAAAAGGGAAUUAAAGAGAGUGAUCCAUUUGACUGGGAAAAGACUCCUGGCGAUGCCUCACAGGCAACCACGACCACAAGUACCCCACCCAUGGGACAGAUCUAUACCACACCGGUAGACAACAAGGCUGGCCUUCCAAACCUGCAUGGAUCGGAGAGAAUAUCCACUGUCGACAUGCUAGAGGCUGAUCCCAGUGAGCAUGGCAAUGAAGCAAAUAAGAAAGAGAAUGGAGUCAAGAAUGGGAAUGCUAAGAACAAGUUGGGCACAUCAGACAGAGGAGUAAUUCAGAAGAUCAGGGAGGUGUUGGACGCGGUGGAGAAGGAGAAUGGUCAUUUUUUGAAACCACAAAGUGUUUAUGGGCUUCAGAGGGCUGUCAAACAGGUAUGUGGAGCGGAAGAUUAUUUUCUUAUUUAGUUCGUUGGAAGAAAAAGUGAAUAAUUGUUAUUUUAAUGCUUAUCAUUGUGAUUGGCAAGAAUUCAGCGGUGUUGAACAUUGUGUUAGUUUAUUAAGCUUUGUUUUACCUUGCCAAAUGGAAUGGAAGAGCAGCUACAAUCUAUGCUAGACAUCAAUCUUUUUGCACUAAAAAGGGGACAAAGUCAAAAUUCUGUAGUCAAAAAUCGUAAAUUUCUUUUUGUAAAACGCUAAAAACGACAGCAUAAUACUUUUGAAAGUACUGUCAACUCUCCCUAAACAGACAUCUCUGUGAGACAGGCAGCUGGUGUUAGUAAAUUCCUUUUUGUAAAACACCUAUAUCAACUGCAUAAUGCAAUUGAAAGUACUGUAAACUCUCCCUUAACGGACAGUUCUCUGAGACAGACAGCUUGUGUUAGUCCUUGUCGUUUUUCAGGCAGUUAAUGGUGUUAGCGUGAGGUGUGACGUUAUGAAUUUAUUAACACGUCUGAAAUCAAAGGAUUUGUUGAUACAUAUCUUCCAAGAGAAAAAGACGACAAUGCCCCCUUUGUCUAAAAUCAGCGUGUCAAUGCAAAUUGGCGGUUAGAUAUUAACACUGUUAUGCUCUUAAAUGCGUGCACACAAAACCAUCUAAAUUUAACUUGAAUGGUGACGUCAUGAUCCAAGUUAAAUUUAGCAGGAUUUUUGAGGAGUCAUCAGAACAUAUCAGUGUCAAACUGCACGCAAUAGACCGUGCGAGGUCUAUUUUCUUUCUUCACAGCCACGCGUUGCGAGCGAAAAAGCUGAUAGUGUAAUUUGACGGUAAAAAGCAGAAGAGAUGAAAAGGGGUUAUUUUCUUUUUUUUUUGUUUUUGCUUUUUUCACUUGAGCUUCCGCCCUCGUUCCACGCGGGUCCCUGCUCGACCCUCACGCGUGUUCGCGAUCUACUAAAACUCGAAAGUCAAAUAAGGGGCUGCCCUUAAGGCUGCUCUCAAUCUAUGCACUCAAGCAUGCGUAGAUCGUCUUCCUCUUUCUAAUUAUCUCAACGGAUUGAAGAAUUUGACAAAUUAUAGAAAAAUUUUCGUUUUGGACCAAUUUAUCAGUCCUUAACGAAGGGCGUUUUUCUUUUUUGACAGGAAAAGCCGAUGAACGGAGAAAUAAAUAUGGAAACGCCGGCGAUGAUCUCGGCUAUUGUGCAGGAUGUUCAGAGAGCACAUCUCAAUAAAAAUAAUGAAAAACUGGACAAACCUGCCGACUACAACGCGAUCGACAUCAUACCAAUUCCACAGAUUCAAAUAAACAGUGAAAAAAAUGACAAUGAAGAUCGUUCAGACGAAAUUGUUCCUGACCCCCGUGGAAUGCAUUACCAGGAAACAGCAACAAACAAACCUUUCGUGGAGCUAGGGAUGGAGUUGGAAAAUGAAGACGAUGGUGGGCUUGAAAGUCCACAGCGAAUGACCCCACGUCAAGUAGGUAAUGGUGGAUCUGACUUCAGGAAAGAAGGAACUCCCUCUACGAUACCCGUAUCUAAGGAAUCUCCCUCACCGGGUGCCGGUGCCCCGGCUACCCCUAUUCCGCUCAUAAGGGAGCCUGCUUUAGCGGAUUCCAAUCCAGAAGCUGCGAAGGAGGACCCGGAAGAGGGAUUUGUGUCUCCUUGGUCACCGGGUGUCUUUGAUGACCAGCCUGUUGUAUACAUGCCCCCUCCUGUCGUAGAAACGGAGAACGAUGAGGAGCUAGAGGAACUCGCCAAUGUAGGUAGAACUGAGCGGCAACUGCCCAUGGGUAGUAGCCAUCAUUUGUCCGCCAUGUUUGAACAUCAUCAUCACCAUGACGACAUUAAGAAGCUCGUGCGCGACCUUCCGCUGGAUUCUGAACCCGUGAGACACAGCAGCGAUGAGAGGAAAACCCACGACGAAGUGAGCAGUCAUAAGCUGGACCACAAUUCGCGAGGGAACUCGCCCGAGCCCCCUCCCCAGGCGAAACCUCCUAGUCUGUUCCGUGUACCUUCAGUACUAGAACAAAUGGUAGAUGAACCACCUGCUGAGGAGGCUGGGAAGGCAAGACCUGGAGCACUCUUCCGGGUACCCUCAGUACUAGAACAGAUGAUGGAUGAAGAGCCUAUUGUCGCCAGAGACGACGAACCCCCAUUAACCCCCCCUGACGUGGAUGAAUACAAGCUCGAUUCUGCUGAAUUUGCUUCAGACAAGCAGGAGGGGACCAGGUCAACCCACUCACACCACGCCCUUCACGUUGCUGGCUCCCAUGCGAUGGGUGUCACCACGUGUCCGGAUAUUCAUCACAGUGAAGCAGAGUUUGUGUUAGGAGACACUGAAGGAGCACAUCUCGGGGAAGACGUGUCAUCCUUGUCUGAAGAUUCUGUUUGUGAGGACGUCGACUCCCCGAGGGAUGAAAAUAAUUAUACCGAGUUUUCUGUCGAUGAUAAUCCGGCCGAAACCAAUCAAGACCUUCCUUCGAAGAGCAAUGAAAGGUUAGAUGAGGCAAAACUGAAUAGCCCUUCCACAAAUGGUGAUCAAGAGAAUGAGGUAGUUUGUGAGGAGGAACGAGUCAGUAAGAUAUCAUCGCUGGAAGAGAAAGAGAGCGAAUCUGAUAAAAAUAAAGUAAAUGAGGACACGCGUAGAAAUAGUAUAUUUUAUAUUGGUAAUCAGAGUGAAGCCGACUCUGAAAAUAGCGAACCAUCAAGUCAGAGAGAACAGAAAGAAGACGAUAACUUCUACUCGGAAGGAAACCGUGAAAAUGUAGUUGAAAAUCAUAAUGAAACUGGAGAGAACGUAGGUGCAGCUAAGAGCGAGUUUGCGGAAGAGAGUCCUGUGAAAGGUGCGGUACAGGAUUUGCUGGCUGCAGAGCCCAGGAUACCGAGCCUAAACGAGCUCUUUGGAGGAGGAGGAGACAAAGACGAUGUUCAGCAAGAUGCAGCUGAGGACGUUUAUGACGACUACUGGGCGAUUGAACCCGACGAACCCGCGCAUCAUCAGGAGUUUGGUAACCUGGAUGAGGUCGAGGCUGAAUCUCAUCAUCGAGACUCGCUUCUAAGACCCAAACCUCCGCCGGGCAGAUCAGAACGGGGAUGUAUUUCAGCGAGGUAGGCGGUGAAAAAGGUUCGAUCUAGUGCGUUAACUUAAUAAGUAAAUACAUUUAAACAACUCCUGGGCUGCGUCAAAAGGUUAACUUUGACUUGGUCCAAGAAGUCCAAGUCAGAAUAAGACGGCUCUCUCGUUGUUAGGCGACUCAAGUGUUUGGUAAAAAGUGCGACUGCAAGUGAUAAAGUAGCAUCGCGCAAUGGAUCAGAGAAACGUCAAGUGUUGGCGCAAAGUACACCGCGAGGGGUGGGCGAGUAUAAAUGAGCUCUUUCCAUGAUCCCUUGCUCGAACCAAAAUCGCUCCAGUUGCCCUCGAUUACCAAUCUGCUAGAACGCGCCUGGCUACGAGGUAGAUAAGACGGCGUUCACACAGAGCCGAGAGAAAAUGAUGGAAAAUGUUUUUAGACAUGCGGCCAGAACAAGCAAAGUGUCCAUGACAAAACUAGUUGGUACCUUGAAUAGGGUAGUCAGCCUAUACUCUGAGCAACGCAAGUUAACCAUGACUGCAGUAACAGCGUUGUGGGUAGAUUGAGAAAACAUCCGACAUUUCGCGACGUCACCACUUGUUCUCCCGCGAAGUGACGUCGGAGAAAGGAGUGCAACAAUUCCAUACCGAUGACGUGACACUACCCAGAUGUGGAUGAUGCUUCUGAUUUGCUGAAAAUUUGCUUCAACCAAUCAGAAGCACUACCCAGAUCUGGGAAGUGAACGACACCAGUAUGGAAUUUCUGCGCUCGUUUCUCAGACGUCAUUUCGCGGGGAAACCAGUGUAGGCGUCUCGAAAUGUUGACUGUUUUCUCAGGCUACGUUGGGGGCCGAUUCUACUUUCCUAUCACUACACUUACUGACUUAGUAUCCCUGACGAUAGUUUUCUAUCAUUGUAAGGGCUUUGAGUUUUGUUGAAAGACAAACUACAGGAGGAAUUAAAUGAAUAUUUGUCUUGUCUUCUGUAGAUUACGCCGUUACAAGCCGAGCAAAUCUCGCCUGGAUUUCAUUCGUCCUUUGGUUGCCAUAAGCGACAAGCCUGUGGUAAUUUGAAACCUGAGAGUAAGUUGAAGGGCAUUGUACCAGUUAGUUUUCCCUUUAUUUUUCUCUUCCCUUCAAUUUUAUUUUCGCUCCGAAACUAAAAAGAAAGACCAUGGAUUCUUCUUAGAAAAAGGACGGUAAAAUUACGAAACCUGGAAAAUUUAAGCAGUGAUGCUUGCUGCGGUGGUAGCAUUGUGUAGUGCGAACCCCAGUACUCGCACAAAACGAUAAACAAAUGCGAAAAAAGUAAAAUACAAUAAACUGAAAAAAAAAAAGGAAAAUUUUCUAAGUUUGUCGUUUGUGGUGAUUCACGUUGAUCCGAGUCCUCUAUCAUAAAUCGUCUUAGAUAAAUAAGGGUUAGUUAUUUUCUAAUUUUACCAAACUAACAUUAACAUUUAUGGUUGCCUUUAAUUUCUAGAGAAUUUUGUUCAUUGGGUCAAAAUGCACAAAUGUACUCUUUCUGGAAGGAUCGAUGGUUUUUUUUCUCUGAACAAAAAUGUAAAUUUGAGAAUUUCGAUCAGUUGGUCGAUGGC